AUGACUUCGAAGUCCAGCCAGCCCUUGGCCUCCAAGCAGGAAAAGGACGGCACUGAGAAGCGAGGGCGGGGCAGGCCGAGAAAGCAUCCUCCGAAGGAGCCCAGCCAAGUGCCAACACCCGAGACCUGGUGUAGACCACAGGGGAGCAAAAACAAGGGCGCUGCCAAGACCCAGAAAACCACCACGACUCCAGGGAGGAAACCAAGGGGCAAACCCCAAAAACUGGAGGAGGAAGAAAGCAUCUCGCAGGAGUCGUCCCAGGAGCAGUGA